AUGCGCGGUAAGUUCUCCACGCAGGCGCGGGUUUGGCACGCAGCGACUGAGGCGCAGGAGGAGACGGGGCAGCAGGCGGGAGGGGGGGUGAGCGAGGUGCGCGGGCGCCCACCCCCCUCUGUCGGUGCAGCUUCCCCCGUACGGGGGCCCGUGCGGAGGGCGGAGGUGCCGAUUGCGGGGAGCCUGGUGCUGGGGGGAACUGCGCAUGGGCACGGGCUGGUCGGGGGAGGCUGGGGGGGAGCAUGGGGGGUCGGCGGAACGUGGGGAGGGGGAAUCGGCGGAGGCGGAAGCGGCGCGGGAAGCCUAAUAUCGUGGGUUUCCGCGGGGGUGGCUUGGGCGCAGCGGCAUGUGCUUUUCCUUGCAGCCUUAAUCCUGUUUCUGUACUCGUUAAUAGCUGUCUUUCACGCGUCUAACAGCCCCGCGGAUUCGCGGUUAGGGGGAGAUGGGUCCGCGGUAAGACUUGCCGCUCUCCGCUCCCACUGUGGUCCAUCUGCCGCGCUUGGCGCACAGAACAGCGGUGCUUCAUCCUCGUUACAAGGCGGUGGCGCAUUCGGGCUGGGUCAACGGCAGGGAAUUCCCUCGCGCGUUAUCGUGCCGCCUCCCCACCCGCUGUCCCGCUCCGUCGCGCGCGUGCUUCUCAAAGCCACCGCCGUGCUCUCCCUCUCCCAGAGCGUGCCGCGCGCCAUGCGGGUGGCAGGGCCAGGAGCGAGAGCAGGAGCAGGAGGAAGAGAAGGAGUGGGAGGAGGAGAAGAAAGCAACGGGGGAAGCAGACGAGGAGGCCGGGGAGGCGGAGCAGGCGGAGGCGGAAGGGGGUGGAUGGGGGGAGGAGAGGGGGACUGGUUAGACGAUACAGAGUCAGGUACAGACGAAACGCAAUCCCAAUCGGAGCUCCGCUCAGACGAAUCUCAAGCGGACGCCCAAUCGCCGCCCGCGCGCCUCUCUCUCACCAUCUUCUGCGCGCCCAAGCCGUACCUCUCCGCCUCCCCCGCCUCCGACCCGCAACGGCGCGCGCUGCUCUCGUGGCUGCGCCUCUCGCUGCGCCCCACCGUGGUGCUGCUAGGGAACGACUCGUCGUUUCACGCCCUCGCUAAGGAGUUCCCCGGGAGAGUGGUUGUAGACGCGCGCGUGGACACGAAUUUCUAUGGGGUUCCGCUGGUGCAUUCCAUGCUUGCCCGCGCGCGCGCCGCGCCCACCAUGGUGUCUCUGCUCAUUAACGGGGAUAUACUGUUGCUGGAGGACAUUGUGCCGGCGCUUAGCAAAGUGCAGAGGACGUUUAAGAGCUGGGUGCUGACUGCUGCUCGGUGGGACGUGAGCGCGGACUUCCCCUUUGCGCUAGAAUCACGGGAAGGGGGCGGAGGGGAGGGGGAGGGAGCAGGUGGAGGAGGAGGAGGAGCAGCAGGAGGGGAGGAGGGGGAAGAGGGGGGUGGUGGCGAAGGGGAAGGUAUAAGGCAAGCGGCGGAAGGGGAGUGGCUGGUGAUAGGGGAAGGGAAUGGGGCUAGCACUGACAGCAGCAGCAGCAGCAGCAGCAGCAGCAGAAGCAGCAGCGGUGGUAAGAGACGGAGUUACUUGGUGGGGAGCAGUGUGGUGGAGGCAGAGGUGAGGCGGUAUGUGCGGCGACAGGGCAGCUUGCACACGUAUGGAGGGGUGGAUUUCUGGGCGUGGAACAACUACGUGCAUGGUGCUCGUGCCAGCAGCAGCAGCAGCAGCAGCAGCAGGAGCAGAAGAGACACGAGUGAAGGGGGCAGUGACGGCGACAGCGAAGGUGGAAGCGGGGACAGGGAGGGCGGUGAGGGUGGUGCGAGCGGUGAGAGCGGUGAGGGUGGAGAGGGUGGAGAGGAGGAGGGGAGUGAGGGGAAGGACAACACGCCGCUGUUUGCAGGGGAGAUGCCGCCGUUUGCGUUCGGGCGUGGCAAGUACGACAACUGGCUGACCCACGAGAUCGUAGCAGCGGGGCUCAGGCAGAUGGUGGACGCCAGCGAUGCAGUCACGUCCGUCCACGUGGCGCAUUCCUAUUCGCACGUGGUGUCGGGCGGCGUGGCGGCGGGCAAGGCGGGGCUGAGCUUCUGGAGCACGCGCAAGCAGUCGAGCUGGGAGCUGUAUGCGAAUAUCCACAUGUCGCAGACGCACGGGUCGUACCGCAAUCAGAAGGGCACUGCGCUGCAUAUUCCCUGGCGCCUGCUCUCCUGCUUCGAUGCUGCUGGUAUGGAUUCGAGAGGGGGUGUGGUCGGGUGGGUGGAUGGGGAGGAGAAGGGAUGUUGGGAGCAUGGAGUGGGGAGCAAAUGGGAGGAGAGGGGUGUAAUGGUGGAAACUUCAGUGUUGGAGAGAGAUAGGGACGAGAUAUGCCUCACCCUACUCCCGCUCUCCUCCCUUCCCCUCAUCCCUCCCCACCACCCCCCACCAUUCCUCUCCCUCCCCACCACCCCCCACCAUUCCUCUCCCUCUCCACCACCCCCUGCUCCCCUCCCCCCUUCCCCCCUCUUCCCCCCUUCCCCCACUCCCCAGCGUCCAACAUGUGUCUACAGCGGCGGGAGCGGCCAGCCAACUGCACCAUCCAACAUGUGUCUACAGCGGCGGGAGCGGCCAGCCAACUGCACGUGCGAGUACUCAUCCUUGGUGCCGGCGUCGCAGUCAGACCCGCGGUGGGAGAAGGGCAGCACGGUGUGCGGCACGCUCUCCAUCGACCACGACAAGGACUUCACCAUCACCCCGCUGCCCACUCCGCGCUCGCCCCCGGGCCUCCCGCACACGCUCGAGCAGCUGCUGCCGCAGCUCGCAAGGAACGUCAGCGCCACCGCCGCUGCUGCUGCUGCUGCUGCUGGUGGCGGCAGUAGUGGCAGCGCUGGUGUCACGGGUGUCAAUGAGAACAGUGGCGGCAGUAGGGGUGGAGGAGGAGCGGAGGACGAGCAGCAGGAGGAGCAGCAGUUGCGAGUUGUCACGCUCGUAGCAGUCACCUUCACCUAUGCCGACAUGCUCAUGAGUUUCGUCUGUCGCCUGCGCGCCCUGGGCCUGGCCGACAACCUCCUAGUAGCAGCACUCGACGCGGAGAUGUACCGCUUUGCCUUCCUGCAGGGCCUCGCAGUGUACCUCGAGCCAGGCGCCUCUGCUUCCCUCGGCUCACACGCGUCUCUCGGCACAGACGCUGCUUCCCCCUUCCGCGACUGCCCCUUCGGCAGCCCGUGUUUCCAAGCGUUCACCAAGCUUAAGUCCCGCGCGGUGCUGCGGGUGCUCAGAGCCGGUUACUCUGUGUUGCUAUCUGAUGUGGACGUGGUGUGGUUUAAAGACCCGCUGCCGUACCUGCUGGCGUUUGGUCCGGGCACGCUGCCGAUCCAGAGCAACGAGCCGAACGCGAGCCUGCCGGGGACGGGCAUUCGGAGGAUCAACUCGGGGUUUUACUUUGCGCGCGCGGAGCGGAUGGUUGUGGAGGCGUUUGAGGCGAUUGUAAGGCACGCGGGCAAGACGAAGCUGUCGGAGCAACCGAGCUUUUAUGACGUGCUGUGCGGGGCGCAGGGGGAGCUGGUGGUGCGUGAACUGAAGCAAAAGCAGCCGCAGCAGCAGCAGUGGGGGGGAGGGAGCCAGGCAUCGCAAUGGUGGCUUGGCAGUAGCGGGAGCAAGGAGCAAGCGGGGGGUUUGGGAGGAGUGAAGGCGGGGGAAGAGGAGGAGUCGUGCAUCUGGAAGAAUGGCCUGCGCACGAUUCUCCUGAACCGGUCUCUGUUCCCCAAUGGGGCGGUGCAUAAGUUGUGGGAGCGGAAGAGUGUGGGGAGGGCGUGUCGGGCCAAGGGGUGUGUGGUGCUGCAUAAUAACUGGAUCACGGGGCAUGCGGAGAAGAGGGAGAGAAUGAAGCGGCAUGGGUUCUGGCACUAUGAUGUGGCUCGCAGGAUGUGUGUGUGGGGGUGGCAUGAGGAGUAUGGAGGGGAGAGGGAGGAUGCUGAUGCUGAUGUGCGUGCUGCUGGCCGUGCAGAUUCAAGGUGA